AUGAAUUCUAAAUCCCCUACGCUUGAGUCAGUUCAUAUUGUGAAUGUGUUUCCGAAAGUGUUUCCUGAUGAUCUUAUCGGUGUUCCUCUUAAAAGGGAAAUCGACUUUGGAAUUGACCUUCUUCUAGAUACCCAGUCUAUCACUAUUCAUCCUUAUAGAAUAGCUCCAAUGGUGUUCAAGCAAUAUUUGAGUAUAUUCGUCAUUGUGUCUAUUGAUGAUAUCUUGAUCUAUUCUCAGAGUGAGGAUGAGCAUGAUGAUUAUUUGAGGAUUUUUUUGCAAGUUGUCAAGGAUCGUCAGUUGUUUGCUAAGUUUAGCAAUUAUGAGUUUUGA